UGCGCAAAAAUGUUUGUGAGAAAAGUUGAAGUCAAAGGGUUCCGAAGCUACAAGAAGUUAGAGAACCAACAGUUCGAGUUCUGACCUGACAUUAACCUUAUCAUCGGGCUGAAUGGAAGUGGAAAGUCAAAUUUGCUUAGCAGUCUAUCGUUCAUGUUUGAUGACAGAUUAUCCAAGCUCGCCCUAGAUGAGAAGACAAGGAUUGCUCAUCAGGAUGGAGAUAACACAAGCGAUGUUAUAUCAGUCUCUGUUGAGUUCGAUAAUCAUCAGAAGUUGAUUCCUAUUGGCCAAGAUACUAUCACUUUGAAGAGAGAGCUCAAUAUUCAGAAUGGCAAGGAUUCAUAUUUUCUGGGAAAUGAUUUAAUCCUCAAAAGUGAUCUUCAUUCCUUCUUUGGGUUCACUGGAGUCUUGUUCAAUGAUAUGUGUAGAUCUAUCCACCAAGGAAAGAUACAGGAGAUAGCCAACUUAGAUGAGUCAGGACUCCUUGAGGUUUUGUUGGAUUACUCCGGAGCUACCCAGCUUAAGAACAGGCUGCAAACUUUAAGAAAUAGCCUCACCAUUUGUAGUACCAAGAAGGAUGAAAUUGAAAGAUUUAAGGGAGUUGUCGUCUCUAAGCUAAACCUGAUUGCUGAAAAGGUCUCAGAUUUUGAAACCCUGCAGAAGCUAUCUACUGAAAAAUACUCCUUAGAAUAUCUACAACUGAAAAAGAGAGGAGAGAAGCUCAAAGGUGAAAUCACCCGAAACCAAGAGUCCAAGAACGAUAUCAUGAAUGCUGUCAAUGCAGAUAAGAGUGAGAAGAACGAGAUAUUAGCUUCGUACCAAUCUUACAUCACUGAGAUCAGGCAGCUCAAGAGUAAGAUCCAAGCUAACAAGGAUAAGGAGACUAUGUACCAGCAUUAUUCUGAUUCUAAAAAUAUGGACCAACUGAGCAUCCUUGACAAAGAGAACAGGGUUGAGAACUUCAAGUCUGACUAUGAAAAGAAUAUCGGCGACUUCCAUAAGUCCAUCCCUGCUCUGGAGGAAGAACUUGAAUCUAUCCAGAAGCUGAUCCCAGAGCAUGAGCAGGAAGUCUCUGAGAAGACCAAGAAGUUCCAAGAAAUUCAGGCAAAAUAUUUGAAUGCUAAAGAAUCUUAUGAACUUCUGCAAGAAGAGCUGAACCAUUCUGCAGUGAAAAGAAGUGGAUUCAAGAAUGAAAAGGAGAGAAAGAAGUUCUAUACUCAAGAAAUGAGUAAACUCGCUACUGAAAUCUCCAUGAUCGAGAGACACCUCAAGAAGGAAGUUGAUGCCCAGGAAAAGCUGAAGGAGGAAAUUAAAAUUGUGGGAGAGCAGAUUGAAGACGAAACUUUACAGCUAGAAGACAAAAAGAAGAAGCUUACCCAAAUUGAAGUCAACAUGGAUCCUUCAAAGAAGAGAGACAGGAAUCUAAAGUAUGUCCAGAGCCUAAACUUUUCUCUGGAUGAGAAGAAGAUCGAACAGAAGGAGAACUCAGAAAAGAUUCUUGCUCUUGAGGAGCUCAUCGAAGGGUCUGACAAGAACUAUAAGACAAUAUAAAAAGGCUAAUGAGAAAGAUUGAAGAUGAGGAUAUCUCAGGAUUCCAAGGACUCUUUAUCGACCUCAUAGAGAUCAAAGAUGAAAUAAUGUACCCAGUCGUGGAAACAGCGCUGAAAGGCAAACUCUUUGUCUUAGUAGUAGAUACAGUAAGAAGUGCUAAUAAGAUCAUGGAGCUCAAUAAAGAAAUCAAGGGUGGUGUCAUUCAAUGUUUCCCACUUGAGCUGAUUGAGCAGAUUAAUGAUCCUAAAGCUCAAGUCCCCCAAGGAAAUGAUGCAAGACCUCUCCUAAGUAGAGUUAGCAUCAAAAGUGGAGUUGAUCCAAGAAUCGGAAAGUUGCUUGACCACUUUUUGGGGAAAGUUUAUUUAGUAUCAGACUUGGAUACAGCCUUCACCAUGUCUGAUCUCUACAAAGUUACUUCUAUUACUCCUGGCUUGAAGAUUGUAUACCCAGGAGCUUUUAUUGCUAAAACAGGAAGUUACGAUUACAGCAACAAGAAGAUAGCCCAUUACUACAAUCUAGCAGAGCUAAAGAGCAACGAAAAGGAUCUUAAGGGCGCUAUUUUCGAGUUAGAAAUGAACAUUAGCAACUAUAAAGCGAAAGAUUUAGAUUACCUGAAAGACAACCAACAGUAUCUUCUCUCCCAAAGAUCACUCUCAAGAGAGGUCCAUAACCACAAUAUGAUGAUCGUUGAGAAGAACUCCCGACUCUCUGAAUUUCAUACAAGCCUAGAGAGAAGUAAGAACCAAGUUUUAACUCUUGAGAAGCAGAUUGAGAAGCACCAGGAGUCCCAGGCUAAACUUGAGAAAGAGAUGAAAGGAGAUAGCUCUUCUAGUGACGAAUCUGAUAACACUAAGGAACUCCUCAAAGCUAUUGAGAAACAAAGAAUAAUUCUGUUAGAUUCUGGAACGAAAAUGGGCAAAGCCAAUACUGAAUUGGAGAGCAUCAGAAAUCACUUACACAAUGUCCUUCUAAAGAGAGAAAAGGAAGUCUCUCAUGUCCUGAACGAGAAGCAGAGGCAGCAAGCUAAUGUCGAGAAGAAGGAGCAGAUCGAGAAUCAGCGAGCCAGUAGUGACGAUCUCAGAAAUAUGGAAGAAUACGCACCAAAGAGAAUGAUUAAUGCUCAGGAGGGUCUCCGACUCACUAGGAUGGAGAUCGAGAAAGAUGAAGAGACACUUGAUCAAAUCCAAGCUCAAGCUAUUGAGAAAGCACAGGAGAAGGACCUUAUUGACAACAAGAUCAUGGAGAAACUCAUCGAUCUUGAGAAACUCAACGUUGAGCUUCGGAAUCUCCGGGAAAGAUGUGCUGUAGAGAAGUUAGAAUCCCUGAAACAGAAAGCCGAUCCCGCCCGCAUUAAGGACAAUUCUCUACCUGAGGAGAAACUAGAGGAUCUUAUUAAGAAGAAGGAGAAGCAGAUUAAAGAAAUUGAACAAAAAGGGAACAAAUCUCAUAUGUAUGGGUUUUACCUCAGGAUGAAAGAUCAAUAUGAAGAAGUCAUCAAGAAGGUUGAUCACCUCGAUCAGGUCAAGAGUAAGAUCACAGAGAUUCUGGAUGAGUCUGAGAGGAGCAAGACUAUAGCCAUCCAGAACUCACUGAAGAGGCUUUCAAAGAAGUUCAAUGAGUACUUCUCCUUCUUUGUUGAGAAUGCGGAUACCUCUAUCAAGUUCAUCCAAGCAGCAGGAAUAAUGGAUAGCAAGGAAGAAGAGCAAAAUGAUGACAUUGAGGAGGUCAAGACACCUAGAGAAGAGACCAAGGACUCACCUGAAAAGAGUCUAGAUAUGAAGGAAGAGAGCAAGAUUUUGAAGGAUGACGCUCAAGACAAGAAAACUCAGAAGUCUAUGGAAAGCCAAGCUAAUGGAGUCCAGAUAGGUGACCAUAUGUAUACAGGGCUUAGCGUCAAGGUUAAUUUUAAAGAAAAAGCGAGGAUCCAAACAUUAAAGGAACUUUCAGGUGGAGAGAAAACAGUCGUAGCUCUCUGCUUCUUAUUCGCCUUGAACUCACUGACUCCGUCAUAUGUAUACCUUCUAGAUGAGGUAGAUAGUGCUCUGGAUCAGAUGUACAGAGGCGGGUUGAAUAAGCUUCUUUCCCAGAUAACAGCAGCUGGUACGACCCAGAUAUUCAUGACAUCAUUCCACGAAGAGAUCAUCAAAGCAGCUGAUAAGAUCUUUAAAGUAGAUUUUAAGAACUGCAGAAGCAAGAUCUUUGAAUGCGACAGAGAAAGGGCUGAGAUGGUCUUGAAGGAGAUCAAAGAUAGUAAGAGGGAGGAGCAGUAG